AUGUCCGGUAGCCCCACGUAUCAUGUCAACUCCGAGGAGAUAUGCCGCCUUGUGAGAGAGGCUAUUUCAGAUAGCAUGCCUGCAAUCUUGAACGCAGUCCUUGCCAGAGUUCAGGGCACUGGACCGCCUCUUCACUCGGAGCCAUCGCGCCAAACAGAGUCACUCCAGCCCCCUGAGGACAAUGGCCCCUCUCGCCAGUCCCCCUCGCCCGGGACUUCGACUUCGUUGAUGCCCUCAUCAAAGAAGUCCGCGUCGAAGAAACCCGCCGUAGUGAACUUCACAAUGACCGUCAAGGUUCCAGGCCAACUCGGCUUUCAGAAGCUACGCAGAUUAACCGACUUCGGAGCCCGCAAUCGGUUGGGGAGCAGCGGCAAAUGGCCAUUCAGCGAGGUCAGGGACGUGACCUUCAGAGGCAAUAUCAUGGAAUUAUUUUUCCGGAAUGAGGCCUCCUUGAAGCGAGCGGAAGACGAGUUUUCUACUUUGCCAAGACUGCUCCGGUUAGAAGGUGUUCCUAUCAGUAUGGUCCCCAAACUGUACUACAUUCAUGUGGGAGAUGUCAAUUGGACUAAGGAAUGGAUAAGAAACAACGACGACCUUGCUUACGAAUGGAGCCUUUUAACCGACGUGGUGAUUUCCAAAGUCUUUCACAGCCUUUUGGACCUCUACGUCGUUGUGGACAGGCUUUCGGAUGCAAGACAUCUUUGUGAUUGGGCGUUCCCGAUGACCAUUGGAGAUUGGGGUUUUGAAACCUAUAAUAAGUAA